GGACAUCGACUAGAAGGACACCAGUACCCUUUUUUAGGAGUUUGCAACGAUAUAAAUUUAUCUUGUGCGGAGACUUUGUCUCUGCGGACCUUCUAAAUGCCUUUCAUUGAGAAAAGGCUUCGGACAUUCAGUGCUGUGAAUGUGUACAAGCAACAAAUUACUUGAUCAAGAUGGGUAAUAAACAAACGAUAUUUACCGACGAGCAGCUUGAUGCUUAUCAGGAUUGCACGUUUUUUACUCGGAAAGAAAUUCUGCGGUUGCAUGGCAGAUACCAUGAGCUGGCUCCACAUCUUGUACCAAUGGACUACACCAAUGAACCUGAUUGUAAACUUCCAUUAGCCUUAAUAGUCAACAUGCCAGAAUUAAAGGAAAAUCCAUUCCGCAACAGGAUCGUGGAGUCAUUCUCAGAGGACGGGAUGGGAAAUCUUAGCUUCAAUGAGUUUGUGGACAUGUUUUCAGUCCUGAGUGAAAUGGCUCCUAGAGAACUCAAGGCCAUAUAUGCCUUUAAAAUAUACGAUUUCAAUGUGGAUAAUUACCUGUGCAAAGAGGACCUGGAAAAGACUCUGAAUAAGCUGACAAAGGAGGAGCUGACUCCUGAAGAAGUUGAGCUGGUGUGUGAGAAAACCAUUGAGGAGGCAGAUUUGGACGGAGACCACAAACUUUCUUUUGCUGACUUUGAAAAUAUGAUAUCCAGGGCCCCGGAUUUUUUAAGUACCUUUCAUAUAAGAAUCUGAGAGGGUUGGAUGGACAGUUUCUAAGUUGGCUGGACCUCAAGAUUUUACCUGAGCCAUGUCCUGAUCACAGCACAGUGGUUGUCUGUCACUCUCCAUCGUUCCUCUCUGACCUUUACUUCAGUUGGAACUUGAGAAGAUGGAUUCUGAUGAUAGCAAAUUUUCUAAACUUUGUAAUUGUUUAGAAACCAUGAAAAGGCAGCAUAUCAAAUGUUUGAAUUUGAUGCUAAAAACAAGAAGAAGGGAUAAAAAAAUGAAAAGCGAAAUGCAUUUGCUAUUAAUUGUACUACAUAAUCUAAUUAAAAGUUCAGAGAAGAUGUUGUCUUCUCAAAGAGAUGUCUCUCUAUGCAAGGACAAAACUACAAACUGAUACUGAAUGGCACACUGUGUUAAAAUAUUCAGCAGUGAAUAUCAUUGCUUGGGCUCAGGAACACUUUCAAAACCAUUAUCAGUGAAACUACAUUGCACAUGAUUCCCUGUGAAGUCUUUCUGCAGUAGCACCUCCAGAGACAUCCAGUAUUUAUAGAGCUACAGAUAAAACUUGAAACACAACAGCAGGAUUAAGGGAUAUUCUAUAGCUAUGCAAUAAAUUAAGUAUUUAUGUUGUUAUUUUGCUCGUACUUUGCUUGAAUAUAAUGACAGUCAUGUUGUACUGUUCUCCAGUUAGAUGAAGGGCUUUGUCAUCCAAACUCUUUGUGGUAGCUUUCAU